AUGAAUUCUCUCUUUAAUAGUACUUCCUUUUUGGAAUUCGUAAAAGAGAAUCAAAACUUCACAAUAGGGCUUCAACAGAUAUUGCUUGGAGAAAGAAUCACUUCUCUUAUUUUGAUUUUCAUCUUGUUCAACUUGCUCAUUAUCUCAAUUUACUACCUUUCUAAAUCAUAUAUCGGAGUUGCAAUUGUUGGAAUAAUUAGUUUUGCAAUUUUCCCUAUUUUCAGAUUAACAAUUUACAGAUUUAUCUUUACAUUCGUCGAAACAUCCCCAUUCCCAUUCGAAAUUCCAAAGAAUAUAAAAGUGUUUAAAGAUGAAGAGUUUGUUUCCGCUGUUGCAUCAAUUGCUUCAACACCUUUUAUUCAAUACCCUCUUUGGCUUUACAAGUUGCAAGUAAUGCAUAAUUAUUCAGGAAUACGCUCUAUCCUUGUCGUGUUAGCAAUCAUUUUGAUAUGGAGUACACUUAAAUUUGUUGGAGGAUUGAUUCUUAUUAACUCCAUCUUUUUGAUUUCAUUUUUCUUGUUCAAUAUAUUAUUUAAGAGAUAUUACAACAUAAUAUCAGCAGCUUGA